CAAAAACUGGGAGUACAAGGAACAUGCCGUUUGUCAUAUUAGUGGACCUGCUUGACUUGGCAGGUUUACAAAGAAUGAACGUUUGCUGAGCGGGAGGGCUUGGCCGCGAAGACGAAAUGCCCACGGAGCUGGAGAAGCCAACGGAGACUCCUCAGCAGCCGCUAAAGCUCGGAUUGUACCUUGGUGCACAGAAUCCUACAAAUACAAGGCCCAGUCUUGCCCCGAAGCCACCUUAUGCGGCUGCGAAUGGGCAAGGUGCCGCUGCGGUGCUGCGGGCGCGGCCAGGUCUACCUGCCCGGCCCCCAGCUGGUACAGCGAACGAGGCGGCGGCUGGGUCUGCGGCGCCAGCAGUGCGCACCACGCACGGCGCGUCGUCCUUGAUCACCAAGCCGCGGCCUGUGCUGGCGAGCGGCCUGCAUUCUGUGGCGGCGGCCGGAACGGCAGCUGCAGGGGACAAGCCAGCAGCAGCGGCCGGGAAUGGAGUGGCUGGCGAUGCAGGCGCGGCAGCUGGGGCGGAGCCGAAGUAUGACUUCUCCAGUGCGCCUAGGGGUGUAAGGCACCGCUACCCAUCUAAUAACGGCUCAGCGGCGUCGGCUGGUGGUGCUGGGUUGGAUGCGGGCCGGCGCUCGCACCCAGGGGCGAGCGCUGGCGGCGCCGUGGCGUCGGAGGGCGGCGCCAAGGCGGGGGCGGGGCCCGCGGCGGCACACUCGGCACCUGGCGAGCGGCCCGCGUUUGAGGAGGACCCGGAGACGGCAGCCAGUGUGAAGAAAUGGCUGCGGAAACUGCAGGACUUCAAAGCCAUGUCUCCGGACGCGCUUGAGUUCAUCUACCUGCGCCACGCCCACGCCGAGGUGCGCAACCCCUACAACCUGGUCAUCGUGACGCACGCUGACAUCAAAGCCAACGCCGCCAGCCGCAACAACUACUACACCAUGUCCGUUAAGGGCGUGACGCACUUUGCGGAGGGCAGCGGCGAGUUCAUCACGCUGGAGCAGUUUGAGCGCGAGUACUUUCUGUACCGCCAGCUGCUGCGCUUCCGAACAUUCGUGCAGUUCCGACUUUGGAAGGCCUUCAAGAUCUGGCGGCGCUUCGUGAGCAGCCGCAAGGCCCGCAGCGCCAAGGAGGUGCUGCAGAAGAGCCUGUUCAUGCUCAACCCCGUGUUCCGCGUGGCGCUGGUGCGCAUGCGCACGGCCUGCCACGGCCUGCAGCAGCUGCGGCUGCACGCGGUGGAGCGCGGCCAGCUGUACGGGCUGCCGCAGCUAGUGUCGCUGCACGCGGCACGGCAUCAGGACACCAAGGCGGCGCUGGAGCAGUUCGAGCACGACAUUGUGGCGCAGGCGCAGGAGGCGUGCGUGGCGGCGAUGCAGCGCAUGGAAGAUCAGCUGCUGGGCGUCAAGGCCAACGCCGCAGCCAGCGGCAACGGCCCGCCGGCAGGGCUGGGCGGCGGCAGCGGUGGCGGCGUGAGUCUGGGCGCGCCGGGUGUGGUGCUGGGCGGCGGCAUUGGGGACGCCAUGUUCCCGGACGGGCCGCUGCUGCCCCCCAUUGCGGAGGGUCCUGCAGGGGGCCCUGCGGAGGGCGGCGAGGGUGCAGCAGGCGCGGCGGAGGCUGCCAGCGGCGAGGGUGCGGGCGCAGGAGAGGGUGAGGCGGCGGCUACGGGCGCAGACGGCGGCAGCAGCAGACCUCGCCCGCCGGCAGACGACGGCACAGUGCUCCCGCCAUCGUCCACGGGCAUGGCUGACGGCGAAGCCGCCGCUGCCGCGGAUGUAGCGACGCCAGCAGCCGCGGCGCCAGCCGCAGCCGCAGCCGCCGGCGGUGUCACCUUUGCUGCGUCGGUAGCUGCCGGCGGCGCCGCCGCCGCGCACCGCGACACCGACGGCGCUGCCAGUACCGUAACUGGCUACACCGCCGCCACGUCGGCGGCGCGCGGCCGCGGCGGCCGCGGCGGAGGCGGCUAUGCGCACUCUAUGAUGUCGUACAAUCCGGCCGAGCUGAUGGCGGGUGGCGACUUCAGCUAUGCUCUUAAUGCGGCGCGGCGGUCGUACAAGCGCAGGAUCCACGCCUUCGUGCGGCUGCUGGACUACAUGGUGUGUGGCGCGCUGCAUGGUCUGCUGAUGGAUUCCUCAAACGACAUCCUGGCUGCACUCAGCCCCCGCCCGACCCGUGGACCCAGCGAGCUUGGAGAGCCAGCGGACGCGGACGCAAUCGCCGACGUCGACGGCGUGACCGCUAGCGCAGCUGCCGCCGCCCACGGCGCCUCCACCAGCCGCCGCGCGUCCAGUGCCAACGGCCUCUCAGGCGGCGACGCCGCCGCCCCGAUGGUGGACUUGGGCGAGGCCGCCGCGCUCAUCCUAGGCGAGGAGGUGAAGGCGCCGCCCAAGGACUGGGGCGUGGACGGUGGUCAGUUCCUACAGCUGGCGGUGCAGCUGCAGGCGGUGUCGCCGCCGCAGCCCUCCGCCCGCGGUAGCGGCGCCGUGUCGCGUGUGCGCACGAUGCGCAACCCGGACGGCGGCGCGGAGGGCGCCGGCGUCAGCGCGCACAACAGCAGCAGCCAGGUCUUUAUCACGCAGAGCAAAAGCCUGGCGCGUGGGCUGCUGGCGGCGGGCAGCAGCGGCAGCGUGGCCGGCAGCAUGAACGGGACUCCGGGGAACCUGCCGGCUCUGAGUCACGAGCUGGUGCUGGUGCCGCCGCCGGGCGAGUUCGUGGCGGCACUGGAGAAGAUCCACUCCACGUGGGCGGGCCAGAUCCAGUCGGUGGCGCGGCUGCUGACGCACCCCAACCUGCAGGACUACAUGGAGCGGCCCGUGGACGCGGGCUUCACUCCCGACAUGGAGGGCUUCACCGACAUCGUGCUGGGACAGGCCUACAGCGACAGCGCCAGCGCCGUGCUGGGCCGCCUGCGCGCCGUCAUGGAAGAUGCCAACGGCUUCAAGGCCACAUUCGAGCCCAUCAAGUCCUCGGUUCUGGCGCUCAAGCCGGUGGACGAGGCCGGCUUGCGGCUGGCGUGGGAGUCGGGGCGGCGCGACCUGGAGGCCUACCGCCGCGACCUCACCUCCCUGCGCGACCAGCUGCAGACCGUUAUGGACGUGCCGCAGCACAAGCAGCUCAACGUGUUGCGGGUGGAGCUGUCGGAACUGGUGGCGGCGCUGCGGCCGGCGCCCGAACGCGCGCUGGCCUCCCUGUCCGACCUGUUGCCGCGCCUGGCCUUCUCCGCCUACAACUCCUUCAUCAGCGCGGUGCACUCCGCCACACGCCGCCUCAACACGAUGCCCACCUCCGCGGACGAGCUGUCGGAGUUCCUGCACUUCCUGGCCGAGUGCGAGCGCAACAAGGCGGCCAUGGACAGGGAGUACGACGCCGUGGUGGCGCACUACGACCUGGCGGAGGACUUUGACAUACGCAUCCCCGACAUGCAGGCCGCCGCCUACGCCACACUGGACCGGGACUAUGCGGCGCUGCGUGACGCCAUGUGGGCGGCCGACAGCUCCAGGGAGCGGCUUGUGGAGACGUACGGCGCCGACCUCAGCCGCGCCGUGGACGCCAUCGCCAAGCAGCUCGCGGGCAUCUCCAUGCAGGCGCAGCACGACAUGAUCCUGGACGAGCGGUCCGACCCGGACGUGGUGCUGGCCUACACCGGCAAGCUGGUGGAGCGGGUGGAGGGGCUCAAGGUGCAAGCGGACAAGAUCCAGCAGCACCAGCGCACCUUCCGCCUGGAGGAGACACGCUUCCCGGAGCUGGAGGACUGCUACGAGGACGUGGCGUUGCGGCACCGGCUGUGGACUAGCGUGCGCGGCUGGGCGGAGCUGACGCAGGGCUGGCUGGGCGAGCGCUUCGACCUGCUACAGCCCGGCGCCAUGGAGGAGGCCAUUGGCAGCUACAGCCGCGCCGUGUUCAAGAUGGAGCGCGGCCUGGUGCCCAACAAGAUCGUGCCCAAGCUGCGUGCCGGAGUCAACUACUGGCGCGACCUAGUGCCGCUGGUGUCGGCGCUGCGCAACCCCUUCCUCAAAGAGCGCCACUGGGUUAAGGUGAAUGCCGCCGUGGGCAGCUACAUCGACCGCAACGAGGAGCUCACGCUGCAGGGGCUUCUGGACAUCAACCUGCUGGCGGCGCGCGAAGCUGUGUCGCUGAUCUCCACAGAGGCCACUCAGGAGGCGGCGCUGGAGGCCAUGCUGGACAAGGUGGCUGACAAGUGGCGGCACGUGGAGCUGUCCCUCAAGCCGUACAAGGCGCUGAAGGAGACGUACGUGCUGGGCGGCGUGGAUGAGGUGCUGGCGGUGCUGGAGGACAGCUCCAUGGUCAUGGCCACAAUCAGCGCCAGCAGAUACGUGGCGGGAGUCAGGGUGGAGGUGGAGAAGCUGGAUCGGCAGCUGCGCCUGUUUGGUGACACGCUGGACGAGUGGCUGGACGUGCAGCGCCAGUGGUUGGCGCUGGAGCCCAUCCUGACCGCCGCCGACAUCCAGCGACAGCUGCCCUCCGAGGCGCGCGCCUUUGCGGCGGUGGACCGGCAGCUCAAGGAGGUGAACCGCAAGGCCAAGGACCGGCCCAACGCGCUGCAGGCGGGCACGCAGCCGGGGCUGCUGGAGCAGCUGCGCCGUUGCAACGAGGCGCUGGAGGGCGUGGCCAAGAACCUGGAGGCCUACCUGGAGGCCAAGCGCACCUCCUUCCCGCGCUUCUACUUCCUGUCCAACGACGAGCUGUUGCAGAUCCUGUCGCAGGCGCGCAACCCGCAGGCCGUGCAGCCGCAUCUGCAGAAGUGCUUCGACGGCAUCCGCUCCCUGGACUUUGGCGAGGAGGGCCGCACCAAUGACAUCCUGGCGAUGGUGUCGGCGGAGGGCGAGCGCAUUGGGCUGAGCAAGAACCUCAAGGCCCGUGGCAGCGUGGAGCAGUGGCUGGGUAGUGUGGAGGCGGCCAUGCGCAUGGCGGUGCGGGGCCAGGCGCGGCGGGCGCACCGCGACUACGUCACCGGGCCGGGCCGCUGGGACUGGGUGCGCGUCACGCCGGCGCAGCUGGUGGUUGUGGUGUCCAACAUCCACUGGUGCAGGGCGGUGGAGGCCUGCCUCAGCCGCGCCAACGGCGACCCGCUCACCGCGCUGGGCGAGCUGCACACGCUGUGCGCCUCGCAGCUGUCCGACCUGACCUCGGUGGUGCGCGCCGCCGGCAUCACGCCGCUGGAGCGCAAGGUGCUGGUCACGCUCAUCACCACCGACGUCCACAACCGCGACGUGGUGGAUGCGCUCAUAUCGCGCGGCUGCACCUCGGCCGCCGACUUCACCUGGCAGAUGCAGCUGCGAUACGAUUACGAGUCCCCGCAUGCCGGCGGCGGAGGAGCUGGAGGCGGCGGUGGUGGUGGUGGGGGUGGAGGAGCUCUGGCCGCUGCAGCUGUGGCGGCAGCAGCAGCCAGCGGUGGUGCGGCGGGGGCUGCACCCUUGUUGGCUCCGGGUGCCGGUGGGCACACGGUGGAGGGCUCGCACAUGGCUGGUGCAGCUGGAGGGCUGCACACGGGCGGCGGCGGCGGAGGAGGAGGGGGCGGCCCCAUUCCGCAGGACGAGAUUGUGGUGCGCCAAGUCAAUGCCAAGUUCUACUAUGGCUGGGAGUACCUGGGCGCGCAGCCGCGUCUGGUAAUCACGCCCAUGACCGACCGAGCCUACAUGACCCUCACCGGAGCACUGCACAUGCGGCUGGGCGGCGCGCCGGCGGGGCCCGCAGGCACGGGCAAGACGGAGACCGUGAAGGACCUGGCCAAGGCGCUGGGGGUGCAGUGUGUGGUGUUCAACUGCGGCGACAACCUGGACUUCAGGUUCAUGGGCAAGUUCUUCAGCGGCCUGGCGCAGGCGGGCGCCUGGGCCUGCUUCGACGAGUUCAACCGCAUCGAUACCGAGGUGCUGUCCGUGGUGGCGCAGCAGCUGCAAGCCAUCCAGACGGCGCUGCGUGCGGGUGUGGAGCGCUUUGUGUUCGAGGGUAACGACAUCCGGCUGCUGCCCUCGUGCGGCGUGUUCGUGACCAUGAACCCCGGGUACGCCGGCCGCACCGAGCUGCCCGACAACCUGCAGGCCCUGUUCCGGCCCAUGGCCAUGAUGGUGCCCGACUACGCGCUGGUGGCGGAGGUGAUGCUGUUCAGCGAGGGCUUCGAGGGCGCCCGCUCGCUGAGCCGCAAGAUGGUGCAGCUGUACAAGCUGGCCAGCGAGCAGCUCAGCCAGCAGGACCACUACGACUUUGGCAUGCGAGCGCUGAAGAGUGUGCUGGUGACUGCCGGCAGCCUCAAGCGCGGCUCCACAGGGCUGCCGGAGGAGACGGUGCUCAUACGCGCCAUGCGCGAGUCAAACAUACCCAAGUUCCUGUCCGAGGACGCGCGGCUGUUCGACGCCAUUGUGUGCGACCUGUUCCCCGGCACCGACCUGCCAGAGCAGCGCAACGAGGAGUUGCACGGCGCACUGGUGGCGGCGUGCGGCGUGCUGGGCCUGCAGCCGGUGCCGCCCUUCGUGUCCAAGGCCAUCCAGCUGUGGGACACCUUCCACGUGCGCUUCGGAGCCAUGCUGGUGGGCCCUCCGGGCGGCGGCAAGACCUGCAUCUACCGCACCCUGGCCGAGGCCAUCACGCGCCUGAGUGGCGUCACCACCUUCCAAGCCGCCAUCUCAGAAGCCAGCUUCUUCCUUGGUGGCGGCGGCGGCCACAGCGACCUGGCCACUGCCGUCUCCAGCUUCCCAGCCAAGUUCGCCGCAAGCCCCGGCGGCAUGGGUGGCGGCGCCGGCGGCGCCGGUGGUGGUGGAGGCGGCGGGCUCCUAAAUGAGCGCAGCGUCGCGGGCGGCGGUGCGGGGGCGGAUCCUGACAGCCCGUACCACCCCGUACACACGUACGUCGUGAAUCCGAAAUCCAUCUCGUUAGGGGAGCUGUACGGGUCGUACAACACCGCCACAAACGAGUGGCAGGACGGGCUGGCGUCAUGCAUCAUCCGCGGCGCGGUGGUGGAGGGGCAGAGCAACCCCGACCUGCAGUGGGUGGUGUUCGACGGGCCCGUGGACACGGUGUGGGUCGAGAACAUGAACACCGUGCUGGACGACAACUGCAUGCUGUGCCUGCCCAACGGCGAGCGCAUCAAGCUGGACCCGGCGUCCAUGCGGGUGCUGUUCGAGGUGGCGGACCUUGUCGCCGCCUCGCCCGCCACCGUGUCGCGCUGUGGCAUGGUGUACGUCACACCCGACGACAUGGGCUGGCGGCCCUACGUCAGGUCAUGGAUGGACCGGCUGCCAGCCAUCUUCCACAACGCGCUCAACCCGCAGGACCCCGCCGCCGGCUUCGCCAGCAGCACCACCGGCCAGGGCACAGCCACCGACUACGGCGAGCAGGGCAGCCCGCCCGCCGGCCACCGCGGCCCCUCGGUUUCCGCCGGCGCCGCCGCAGGCGGCGACGGUGUCGCCGCCCCCGGCGUCAACCCCUUCCUCGCCGCGGCACAAGCCGCGGCCGCCGGCAGCCCUGGCGGCCGGGGCCCUGCUGAGGCGCUUGGCGCCGAGGCCAGCGGCUCGCCGCCGCUCGCGCGGCGGCCCUCCGCCGGCGUGCUGCAGUACCUGCAGGGCCUGUUUGACAAGUUCUUGGACCCGCUGCUGGCGCAUGCGCGCAAGCGCGGCGAGGCGGCGGUGGCCACGUGCGAAGUGGCGCUGGUGUCCGCCACCUGCUCGCUGCUGCAGACGCUGCUGCUCAGCACGCAGCUGCAGGGCCACCCGGGCGCGGAGGGCGCCUCGCUGCGCAAGCACGGUGCCGGCUUCGGCCUGCGCGCCGCCGCCACCACGCUCCUCGGUGCCGCCUCCGUGGCGGCGAGCCACGCGGCAGGCGGGCUCGGCGGCGCAGCCGCCGGCGGGCAGAGCGGCGCUGCGGCCUCCGCCUCCGCCUUCGCGACAGCCUCAACGCCCUACAAGGACCCGCUGCUGGACCUGACGUCGGAGGAGCCCAGCGAAACGACGCAGGUGGCACUGAACUACAUCUUUGCUUUCGCGGCAGUUUGGGGUGUGGGCGGCAGCCUGUCUCCGGCGUGCUGGGAGGCGUUUGACGGCGCCGCCAAAGACCUGUUCGAGGGCACCGCCAACUACCCGGGCGGCUCCGGCACUGUUUUCGACUACCAUCUUGACUACCACAAGAACUUUGCGUUGACGCCGUGGGAGGCGGCGGUGCCUGCCUACGCCUUCCGACCCGAGGUGCGCUACUUUGACAUCCUGGUCCCAACCGCCGACACCACCCGCUAUGGCGCGCUGCUCAGCUGCCUGCUGGCCGUCAACCGGCCCGUGCUGCUGACGGGGCCGUCCGGCAGCGGCAAGUCGGCCCUGGUGCGCAGCUGUCUCAGCAGACUGCAGGCGGGCGGCGGCGUCAUCCCCACAACAGUGUACUUCUCGGCGCAGACCUCCGCCGCCACGGUGCAGGCGCAGCUGGAGGGGCAGCUGGAGAAGAAGCGCAAGCGCCGCUUCGGUGCGCCCGCCGGCCGCCGCCUGCUGCUGUUCGUGGACGACGUCAACCUGCCCGCGCGCGACGCCGCCAGUGGCGCCCAGCCGCCCAUCGAGCUGCUGCGACACCUGCAGGACUUCAGGGGCGUGUACGACCGAAAGAAGCUAUUUUGGAAGGAGGUGGACGACAGCGUGGUGCUGCUGGCCGCCUGCGGCCCGCCCGGCGGCGGCCGCCAGGAGAUGAGCCCGCGCUUCGUGCGGCACUUCAGCCUGCUGUCCAUGCCGCCCACCAGCGAGGUGGCGCUGCGCACCAUCUUUGGCGCCAUCAUGGGCGGCUUCCUGGACCUGCACUUCCCGCCGGACGUGCGCACGCGCAUGCUGCGGCCGCUGGUGGACACGUCUGUGGAGGUCUACUCGCACGUGUGCGCCGAGCUGCUGCCCACGCCUGCCAAGAGCCACUACACCUUUUCGCUGCGCGACGUCAGCAAGGCCUUCCAGGGCAUGCUGGCCAUCCGGCCCAACCAGUGCGGCCCCGGCGACCCGCGCGGCACACUCAUGCGGCUGUGGGUGCACGAGCACAUGCGCGUGUACCACGACAGGCUGGUGAAUGACGUGGACAAGUCGUUCUUCAAGGGCCUGCUGUACGACCUGCUACGCAUGCGCUUCGACACGCGUGACGAGUACGACAAGUUCUUCUCGCCGGCCUCGCCCAUCCUGUUCGGUGACUUCCUGAAGCGUGGUGGCACGCGCGAUGAGCGCGUGUAUGCCGAGGUGCGGGACGUGCCCCGUCUGGGCCGAGUGCUGGAGGGCGACCUGGACGAGUACAACGCGGGCGGCUCGGGCCCCCGCAUGGACCUGGUCCUCUUCAUGGACGCGGUGGAGCACAUCACCCGCAUCGCGCGCAUCCUGCGCCAGCCGCGCGGCAACGCCAUGCUGGUGGGCGUGGGCGGCAGCGGCAAGCAGUCGCUGGCGCGCUUCGCGGCGUUCCUGGCGGACACGCAGGUGUUCACGCUGGAGCUCAGCCGCGGCUACGGCGUGGUGGAGUUCCGGGAGGACAUCAAGAAGCUGUACAGGCUUGCGGGCAUCGAGGGCAAGCCGGUGGCGUUCCUGCUGCCGGAGCAGCACAUCGUGCUGGAGUGCUUUGUGGAGGAUGUGUCCAACCUGGUCUCCAGCGGGGAGAUCACGGGGCUGUUCGGAACCGACGAGCGCGAGAAGAUAUUUGGCGACCUGCGCAGCUGGGCCGCGGCACAGGGCCUGGAGGACACGCGCGAGGCCAUGUGGCGCGCCUUCGUCGACCGCGUGCGCGACAACCUGCACCUGGUGCUGGCGCUCAGCCCCGUGGGCGAGGCCUUCCGCGAGCGCUGCCGCCGCUUCCCCAGCCUGCUGGCGGCCACCUCGGUGGACUGGUUUAGCGAGUGGCCGCAGGAGGCGCUCAUGUCUGUGAGCACGCGCUUCCUGGAGCAGCAGGAGCUGGGCGGGCCAGGCGUGAUGAAGGCGCUGGCGCAGGCUUGUGUGGACAUCCACACCAGCGUGGUGGCGGCGGCGUCGCGCUAUUACCUGGAGCUGCGGCGGCGGUACUACGUGACGCCGCGGUUCUACCUGGACCUGCUGCACCUGUACACAUCGCUGCUGGCGGCCAGGAGGCAGGAGACGGCUGUGGCGCGCGAGCGGUUGCUGGGCGGCGUGUCCAAGCUGACCGCCACCAACACCACAGUGGAGGAGAUGCGCACGGCGCUGCGGCUGCUGCAGCCCGUGCUGGCGGACAAGACCGAGGCCACGCAGCGGCUGCUGGAGCAGGUGACGCACGAGCAGUACGAGGCGGAGCACGUGCGCGCGGCGGUGGCGGGCGAGGAGGCGGACGUCAAGGCGCAGGCGGCCAAGCUGGCGGCGCUCAAGGACGAGGCGCAGGCUGACCUGGAGGAGGUGCUGCCCGCGCUGGAGGCGGCGGAGCGGGCCCUGAGCGCCCUGAACAAGACCGACAUCAUCGAGAUCAAGACCUUCACCAAGCCGCCCGCGCUGGUGCAGACCACCAUGGAGGCCGUGUGCAUCCUACUGCAGGAGCGCGCGGACUGGGACACCGCCAAGCGGCUGCUGGGCGAGGCCACCUUCAUCAAGCGGCUCAUGGAGUACGACCGCGACAACAUCCCGGACAAGGUGGUGCGCUCGCUGAAGCGCGUCAUCGACGACCCCACCUUCACGCCCGACCAGGUGGCCAAGCAGUCCAAGGCCGCGCAGUCGCUGUGCCUGUGGGUGCGCGCCAUGGACACCUACGCGCGCGUCAUCCGCGUGGUCGAGCCCAAGCGCGCCGCGCUGGCCACGGCCCAGGAGCGGCUGGGCGCCAUGAAUGGCGCGCUGCUGGCCAAGCAGCGGCAGCUGGGCGAGCUGGAGGCGCGAGUGGCCACACUGCAGGAGCAGCUGCAGUCCACGCAAGAGGAGCUGCACAGCCUGCAGCACCAGGCCGAGCUCAGCCAGCGGCGGCUGGUGCGCGCCGAGAAGCUGACGGGCGCGCUGGCGGACGAGUCGGUGCGCUGGGCGGCGCAGGCGGAGCGCAUGACCACCACCCUGCACCUGCUGGUGGGGGACGUGUUCCUGGCGGCAGCGGCGGUCAGCUACCUGGGCGCCUUCACAGGCCCCUACCGCGACGCGCUGGUUCGCGGCUGGGUGGCUCGCUGCCGCGCCGCCUCCAUCCCCAUGGCAGUGGCUGUGGCGGGCGGCGAGCCCUUCAACCUGGCGGCCACCCUGGCCACACCCGUGCAGAUCCGCGACUGGGGCAUGCAGGGCCUGCCCACGGACUCGCUGUCAGUGGACAACGGCGUGCUGGUCACACGCGGCAGCCGCUGGCCGCUGUGCAUCGACCCGCAGGACCAGGCCGGACGCUGGAUCAAAGCCAUGGAGCUGAAAAACAACAUCCGCUGCAUCCGCAUGUCCGACUCGGCGCCAGGGGCGGGCGCAGGUGGUGGCGGCGGCAGCGCUGUGACGACGAGCGGCGCCGCGGCCGCCACGACGAGCGGCGACAAGGCUGCUGGUGGCGGUGCGGGAGGGGCGGGAGGAGGAGGAGGCGCGGCGGCCGCCGCGGCGGCGGCGGGGCUGACGGGUGGCAGUGGCGGCGGGCUGCCGCUGCACCUGAUUGAGCAGUGUGUGCGGCUGGGCCAGCCGGUGCUGCUGGAGGAUGUGGGUGAGGGGCAGCUGGACCCCGCGCUGGAGCCGCUGCUCACAAAGGCCACCUACACGCAAGGCACCCGGCUGCUCCUGAAGCUGGGUGACGUGGAGGUGGACUACGACCCGCGCUUCCGGCUGUACCUGGCCACACGGCUGCCCAACCCGCACUACCUGCCGGAGGUGUGCAUCAAAGUCAACCUCAUCAACUUCACCGUCACGCCCAAGGGCCUGGAGGACCAGCUCCUGGGUGACGUGGUGCGCCACGAGCGGCCCGACCUGGAGGAGGCCAAGGACCGGCUGGUGGUGAGCCUGUCCGCCGACAAGCGCCAGCUGGGCGAGCUGGAGGACCGCAUCCUGCAGCUGCUGCAGCAGGCGGACGCAGGCGGGCUGCUGGACGACGAGCAGCUCAUCGCCACGCUGAACGACGCCAAGCAGACCAGCGGCAUCAUCGCGACGCGUGUGGCCGAGGCGGAGGCAACCGAGCGCGCCAUAAACGAGGCGCGGGAGGUGUACCGGCCCGUGCCCGCGCGCGGCUCGCUGCUGUAUUUCGUGACGGCGGAGCUGUCCGCCAUCGACCCCAUGUACCAGACCAGCCUGGCGGCCUUCGUGCGCAUGUUCGGGCACUGCCUGGACGCCGCGCCGCGCGCCGACGACCUGGCGGCGCGGCUGCGAGUGCUCAUGGACACAACGACGGACUACGUCUACCGCUCGGUGUGCAGGGGCCUGUUUGACAGCCACAAGCUGCUCUACUCAUUCCUCAUCAGCGCCGCCGUGGAGCGCCAGGCGGGGGUGGUGUCGCCCGCCGAGUGGAACUACCUGCUCCGAGGAGGCCGCGGCGCCGCAGCCGCAGCCGGGGGACCGGCAUCAGGCGCGUCAGGCGGCGGCUAUGGCGCUGGCGGUGGCGGCGGCGGUGCUGCCUUCCAGCCGUUCGGCCAGGCCGGGGCAGCGGCGGGGGCGGCUGCGUCGUUCCAGCUGCCGGUGUCGGCGCCGCCGGAGAUGGCUGCCUGGGCGCCGCCGGGGUGCUGGGACGCGCUGGUGGCGCUGGAGGCGGCGGUGCCGCACGUCUUUGGCGGACUGCCCAUGGCUGUGGCGGCGCACCCCGACGCAUGGCGUUCGUUCGCGGAGUCGCCGGCGCCCGACCGCCUUGACGCCUCGCAGCUGCUGUUCACGCCCGGCGCCACGCCCGCCGCCUCCGCCGCUACAUCCAUGUCCGGAGCCGGCACCGCCACCGGCAUGGGCGGCGCGGGCGGCGGGCGGCAGCUGGCGGGUGUGCCCGAGGGCGAUGAGGGCGAGGAGGGCGGCGAGGGGCCGGUGCUGGCCAGGUCGAUAUCGCAGGUGCUGCCGGAGGGCGGCGGCGCUGACGUGCCAGCCCGGCUGACCGCCUUCCAGAUGCUGCUGCUGGUCAAGGUGUUUUGUGAGGGCCGGCUGCUGGCAGCCAUCCGGCGCUACGUGUCGGGCUGCCUGGGCCCCGCCUUCACAGAGCCGCCGCCCGCCUCCCUGCCCGAGCUGUUCACCGACUCCUCCCCCGCCACCCCCAUCAUCUUCAUCCUCAGCCAGGGCGUCGACCCCAGCCCCGCCAUCCGCCGCUUCGCCACCAGCCAGGGCCGCUCCGCCGCCGGCGCGCCCGGCCGCGGGCUGCACAUGAUCAGCCUGGGCCAGGGCCAGGGCCCACGUGCCGAGGCGCUCAUCGCGCAGGCGGUCAAGGCCGGCGACUGGGUGUGCCUGCAGAACUGCCACCUGGCCGCCAGCUGGAUGCCGCGACUGGAGCGACUGGUGGAGGAGCUGCAGGCCCGCUACUCGAAGCAAAUCCAGUUCAGCAACCGCCUGGGUCUCAAGCUGGGCUCGCCCGACGGUCCCGCCUCCCCCGCACACGCCCACCCCGCACCCUCCGGCCCCUCUGCCUCCGGAGCCUCCACCUCCGCCCCGGCCACGUCGCUGACGGCGGAGCAGCUGCUGGCAGCUGCCGCGGCGGGCGCCUCGCCGCUGUCGCUGUACGACGUGCACCCCGACUUCCGGUUGUGGCUGACCAGCAUGCCCACGCCCGCGUUCCCGGUGCCGGUGCUGCAGAGCGCCGUCAAGACCACCAUGGAGGCGCCCAAGGGUGUGCGCGCCAACCUUCUCCGCAUCUACGGCGAGCUGUCAGACGCCGUGCUGCAGAUGGGCCGCGGCCUGGGCGCGGGCCCAGGCGGCGGCGGCGACCCGUCAGACCCCAGUGGCCACGGCACCACGCCGCCUGAUGCCAGCGCCUCUCUGCCUUCGGCAGCAGGCACGGCCGCCGGCGCCAGCCGGCGGCUGCUGGCGCUGCAGCUGGCGCCGCCGCCGCGCACGCCGCCCUCAGUGACCGGGCCCGACGGCUCGCCCCUGCCGCUGCACGUGCUCGCGCACCAGAUGAGCAUGGGCCGCGGCCUGUUGGGCGCCGCCGGCGGCAAAGCCGGCGCCGCGGCGGACGCCGUGUCGGAAGCGGACGCGAUGGCGGCGGCGCAGGCGGCCGCCGACGCAGCAGCGGUACGGCAGGGCGGCCAGCCGGCCUCGGUGGCGGCGGCGGUGGGGCCGCAGUGGCGCAAGCUGCUGCUGUCGUGCGCGCUGUUCCACGCCGUGCUGCAGGAGCGGCGGCGCUUCGGGCCACUGGGCUGGAACGUGCGGUACGAGUUCAGCGACGGCGACUUGUCAGCGGCCAUGCGCACGCUGCAGAUGUUCCUGGUGGAGGGUGCGGCUGCGGCUUCCACCUCCGCCUCGCCAGGAGCGGCGGGAGCAGGGGCCGCCGGGCUCACGGGCAUGCGGCCCGCCGCGGGGUCUCGCGGCGGCAGUGUGUUUGACGCUACGCCGCCGUGGGACCUGCGCAGUGGCGGCCUGUCCGCGGCGUCGCUUGGGGGCAGCGGCGUGGGCGGAAUGGGAGGAGUGGGGGGCGGUGGAGGCGUGGGGUUGUCGCCUGGGAGCUCCCACGGCGACAUACCCUGGGACGCGCUGCAGUACGUCACAGGCGACAUCGUGUACGGAGGCCGUGUGACCGAUGAGAACGACCGGCGGCUGCUGAGCUGCCUGCUUCGGCGCUUCUACACGCCCGCUGUGCUGCGUGACGGGUACGCCUUUUGCCCCUCCACAUCCUUACCUGGCGGCGGCGCCGCCGCUGGUGGCGGCGGCGCCGCUGGCGCCGGGGGCGGCGGCAGGGCCCGCGGCCACGAGACGGCGGCGGCCGCCGCCGGCGCGUACCGCCAGCCGCUGGAUGGCGACCACGGCUGGUACAUGUCGUACUGCCGGUCGCUGCCGUACUCGGACUCGCCCGAGGUGUUCGGGCUUCACGCCAAUGCCGACAUCCGGCUGCAGCUGCAGGAGUCGCGCACGCUGCUGGACACGGUGCUGUCCAUCCAGCCGCGCGUGGUCGCGUCCACCGCCGCCGACGGCAUGGGCGCGCCCGCGACGCCGGCGCACGCGCAAGCAGCGGACCCGCUGGCCAGCGUGGGCGGCAGCGCGGUGCGGCUGCCCGGCGGCGUGCCCGGCCGACUUUCUACAUCGGUGCUGCCGCCGCCGGGAAGCGGCGCCGCAGCGGCGCAUGUCACUGCGGCGGCGGCCGCCGCGGCGCGGCAGCACCGCCACACCACCAGCUCCAUGCCCGCCUUUGGCGUCCCCAAUUCCGCCCCCGGCGCCGUCUACGGCCGCCCGUCCUCCGCCGCCCCCCUGGCUUCCGCGCCGCCAGGCCUUGACGGCGGCGGCUUCUCCGGGCCAGGCGGCGGCGGCUUCGCGGAGCGCACUGCUGACGACAUCACAGCCGACCUGGCGGCCGAGAUUGCGGGGCUGCUGCCGCCGCCGCUGACGCGCGAGAGCGCCGCCACCGGCGCCGCUGACCCGUUUGCGCCGCUGCCGUCGGGCCACGACAACAGCUUGGGGGUGGUGCUGACGCAGGAGAUGGAGCGGCUCAACGCGCUGCGGGCGCUGCUGGCCAAGAGCCUGGACGAGCUGGGGCGGGCGCUGCGGGGCCUGGCCGUCAGCAGUGCGGAGCUCGAGGCCAUGGCGACCGCGCUGCUGAACAACCAGGUGCCGCCCGCCUGGCGCCGCGCCGCCUACCCCUCCACCAAGCCGCUGGCCAGCUGGGUCAACGACUUCCGCCGCCGCGUGGAGCACCUGCGCACCUGGCUCACGCGGGGCCAGCCGCCGGCCUUCUGGCUGCCUGGGCUGUUCUUCCCACAGGGCUUCAUCACCGCUGUGCUGCAAAACCACGCGCGCCGCACGCGCGUGCCUAUUGACCGUCUGGCGUUUGACUUCAAGGUGCUGAGCCCGGAGGCCGACAAGGAGCUGGUCGAGGCGGUGGACACGCACGCCGGCGCCGCGCACGUGAUCAAGGCGGCCGUGGCGGCGGCCGGCAGCAGCCGCGGCAGCAGCGCGGGGCCGGGCAGCCGCGCCGCCAGCGCCAGGGCGGCGGCCGGCAGUCCGGGCGCAUCUGGCGGGGGUGCGGGCGGCGUGGCGGCGGGCAGCAGCGGCCGCGCGCUGCUGAGCGGCGUGGGGUCGGGCUCCGGGCGGCACGGCGGGCCUGUGGAGGGCGGUGUGUAUGUGUACGGCCUGUUCCUGGAGGGCGCCAGGUGGGAUGAGCAGCAGGGGCUGCUGAGCGAGGCCCGGCCCGGCGAGAUGUUCUGUCGGCUGCCGGCGGUGCACCUGCUGCCCAAGCACACCGACGCACUGGCGGCGGAGCAGGCGGCGCAGCAGCAGCAGGCGGCGCAGCGCAGGGCAACGGCGGCAGCCGCCGCCGCCGCCACAGGAGUGGGGCCGGAGGCCAGCGGCCGCAGCGGCAGCAGCCCGCACAGGCAGCCGCGCGGCGCCCGCCAUCCCGCGGUGGAGGAGGGGCCCGGCCACAUGCCCGCGUUCAAGGCCAAGGCCAUUGCAAAGGCGCGGCGCAAGGCCGCCGGCGCAGACAGCGACCCGGCGGCGGCGGCGGAGCGGCACCGCCAGCGCCUCAUGGGGCUUCUGGCGGAGGGCUCCUCGCCGGGCGCCUCCGCCGCCAACACGGAUGACGAGGAGGAGCCCCUGAGCCCCGAGCGAAGCCAGCACUCGCAUCAGCGCCAAAAGGGCGGUGCUGACGGCACAGGCGGCGGCGGUGGCGGCUCUGCCAGCGGCGAGGCGAAGGCGGCGGCGGAUGUCCCCUCGGGGCCGCAGCGCUACCAGUGUCCGCUGUACAAGACGUCGGUGCGGGCUGGCGUGCUGUCCACAACCGGGCAGUCCACCAACUUCGUGCUGCACCUGGGAUUGGGCAUCCCUGAUGCCACUGACCCCGACUUCUGGGUCAUGCAGGGGGUGGCGGCGCUCUGCGCGCUUGACGACUGAGGUGUGGGGAUGUGGAACGACAGCACGACCGGACGUACAUAGGACCCAAAUUGGUGAUGGUGUGAUGUGGUGGGGUGUGUGACGUGUUGCGUGACGUGUUAGAGCGUUGUCAGUUGGCAUCUGUGACCAUUGUUGUAAGACUGAUUGUGCAUUGACUGGCGUUCGACUGCGUGCGGCUCGGACUUCACCAGUUAAGAUGUGAGUCAUUCCAGCGGCGAAUUCUUUUUGACGGUUUUGUAUGAGCGCGGGCUCGCAAACUUGCAUGGGCGUGCACGGCGCGUGCCUGGUUGCACGGCGUAUAACUGCAUACGUUGGAUGUUUAUUCGCGGACAUUAUGAACUUCCUCAUGAGCAAUACAGGUGCUGCGGCUCGCUCACUGCACCAGGUGAUGCAGGCCGAAUGCUCUGGCGUACAGUAGCUGAGGAGCUGGGCAGCUGGCGCAGAGCGCAGGCGCACACCGGCAAUAAGGCGUUAUCUUGCUGAUAAUCAAACUUGGCCAUCUUGGCGAGCAUUCAUAGGGCAUGCUCAAAGCAUUGCCGCGAAAGCUGUAACGCCUCCAACCC